AUACUCGGCAACUUUAUUCGGCAUCUUUACUCGGCUUAAAGCGGAGAACAAUUAAGGCCGACGAAGACGUGAUUGUCUCCGCUUGGAGACUCACUCAAUCUCACCUCGAUAGUAAAAAGAACUGAUAAUAAGAAAAUACGUGUGAAAUCAAAUUAAGACAAUAGUAACUACCGUCAGUCUUCGAUUCCCUGAUCUCAUCAUGGCUCCGUUGAAAGUUGCAGUGUUAGAUGACUACCAAAAAGCCUCUGAGAACCCGUUCAAAGACCUACCCUCUUCCGAGUAUGAGGUGACGAUAUUCACCGAUACCCUGCUUCCCUACAACCAUCCUAAUACUCCUCAAGAUGCCAAAGAUGCUUUAGUAAAGCGUCUUGAGCCGUUCGAGGUCAUUUCGACAAUGAGAGAGCGGACACCAUUCCCGGAAGAGCUUAUUAACCGGCUCCCAAAUUUGAAACUACUCCUCACGACUGGUCCUCGCAAUGCAUCUCUUGAUGUGCAGGCAUGUUCUCGGCGUGGCAUCCCCGUGGCUGGUACUGGUGGAAAGGGGCUCAGUCCAGACUCUACGACGCAGCAUUGUGUUGCCUUAAUCCUUGCACUUGCAAGAAAUAUCCCACAAGACGAUGCUGUUAUGAAAUCCGGGGGUUGGCAAACAACCUUCGCCACUGGCUUAGCAGGGAAGGUGUACGGCAGCAUCGGGCUGGGUAGACUAGGUGUAUCCAUCUCGAAAAUCAUGCACAUAGCUUUCGGGAUGAAAAUUGUGGCGUGGAGUACUAACUUGACCCAAGAAGCUGCCGAUGAGAAGGCAAAAUCUGCUGGGCUACCUGUCGAGGACGAAAACGGAGAAAAGACAUUCAAAGUAGUGAGUCGGGAUGAAUUGUUCUCCUCGGCGGAUGUUGCUACUGUCCAACUAGUCCUGUCGGACCGAUCGAGGGGUCUCAUAACAGCAAAUGACCUCAGGAAGAUGAAGAAAUCAGCAUUGUUCAUAAACACUUCACGCGGGCCGAUAGUAGUGGAAGAGGACCUACUUGAAGUUGCUAAGAAGGGACCGAUACGCGGCAUUGGUAUUGAUGUGUACGGAGUCGAGCCAUUGCCAACGGAUAGCGAGUGGAGGACGACAAGAUGGGGAGAGGAAGGUAGAAGUCGGGUGGUGCUAACACCGCACAUGGGAUAUGUGCAGGAGGAGGUUAUUGAAGAAUGGUAUCGACAGCAGGUUCAAAACAUACUCCGAUGGAAGAAAGGAGAACCACUGGAUGCACUUUUUAGUGAGAAUGGGUACUAAUCAUAGGUACAUACCUUAGGUGCCUAUCAAGUGGUUUAUAGCUGGAAAGUACAACUGGAAGUUGCAGUAUCCUCCUUUUCAUGGACGCCAAUAGCGUUAGAAGAGAUACCAGGUACCUUAGGUACCUACCUAAUGAUUGGAGACAGGCUAGGUAGCUGCGGAUUGAUGUUAACAGUACCUGCCUUACGGUUUUAGGUACUUGUUACUUGUUUGAACUACGGCGUUGCAACUUCCCAAAGUGAUUUCGCUUCAUACGUCCUAGUUUCCUAAGCGUUUUACAACAUUUCCCAUUAUUAAAUAAUCGUGCUUCCCUUUCAUUUCCCUACCACAUAUCAUCACUUAGGUAUCCAUACCACCAAUUUUCGUGUGCACUCUUCGGCCAGGCAUUGUCACUUCUUGACGUUGUGUGGACUUGAAAGGUACCAUGGAGGCACAUGGAAAUGCGUCCCAGGUACAUGUACCUAAUAAAGGGACGUCAGGUAAAGGUAAGAAACCAUUUUUUAUUACCAAAAAUACCUUAUAUAGCCACUCCGUUCGAAAUAUCUAUUCGAGUUGAGGUUUGGUCUUUGAGCUCACCAAUUCUAGAUUCACCCUUCAGUGCUGGCU